AUGUCUCUGGAAUACGCGCAUUACCAACCAACCACGCCACCAGCGGUGCCCUAUGAGGAAUGCCUCGGAUCUGCGCAUAGUCGCACCGCAUCUGGCUCUUCAAUCUAUUCCUGUGAAUCUUCCCCUUGGUCCACUAUGACGGGAAAUACCAGUCCUGGUACUCCACCAACUCGUCAUCAUCAUGGUCCAGCUCUUUUGCCAAAGAUUCGACCUCAAGACGUGAUAAUUGAGCCUGUCUCUACUGGACCACCUUACUCUGCUGGUGGACCUCUGAGAGGCCGCCAGGUUGUAUCUAAGGCGUGGAACGCACCAGCCUUUGCUCCUUAUCCUGCUGGUCGUCCAUCUACCCAGCGUAACCGCGCUAAUGCAGCGAAUCGGUUGCCUUUGGCAUCUCCUCUGUCUCCAAUUGUGACUCAUGGACCACUCAGUGCUACUAUUCCCCAGAGCUCUCCAAUUUUCACACGUGCGCCACUUAGUGCUACUAUCCCCCAGAGCUCUUCAAUUGUCACGCGUGGACCACUCAGUGCUACUAUCCCUCAGAGCUCUUCGAUUUUCACACGUGCGCCGCUCAGUGCUACUAUUCCCCAGAGCGCUCCUAGCCUGGCAUCUCCUGUGGCUAUCACUUCGAAAUAUCGACAUGCUCGAGCUGCAUCUGCGUCUAGCAUUGAUAGACGCGGACCAAGCAUUGAUAUACCCGCUCCGAACCGAUCUGCAUACCCUACUCACCAGCAACUAUGGAAUUAUGUGCCACAAAUGCAGGCGCAGACUGUUCCGACCACGCCAGUUACUCCGGUUACUCCAAACAUUGUAGUUUAUCCAUCUCAACCUCAGCAACAGCCAGUUGAAAUGCGUCAACUUACUCCAGUGCGCAUCCCACCUUAUCCACUGACUGUCCCCACACCUCAAUACUGUUACAGUCCAGUUCAUGGCCCUCAGAGCUCGCCGGUGCAUUUGGCGAGUCCUCAGGAAAAUAUCAAUCCCCCGUCCACCAAUUUGCUGUCAUAUUUGACUUCGCCAACCCAAGCAAUUAAUCUUGUUCGCAAUGUCAGCGUGAUUCCAACCCGUGGCAUGCACGAUUACUUCUGGUGGGACAUUCGUAAUCUCCGUAACUGGAACUCAUUCUCUUUUGCUACUUUUGACUCAUUCCGCGGGCUUACCCAGCUACUGAAGACGGAAAUUCCUGGAACUCUUACUCCGCCAGUGGGUGUGCCCUCCUCACGCCUAGCGCCGGAGUCUGAGCCUGGUCUCGUCGCUCUUAUCCGUGAACUAUAUGCGCCACGAAUCAACGCAGCUCUGGCCGUUUCUCAAGGCACAGAUCAUCUCCAACUCUACGCAGCGCCUGAUAUCCGUAACACGGGACACAAGAACCAUGGUCACCCGCACUUCCUAGCCAACUAUUCCACGGACACUGAAUGCACCAGUGCAGGGCUCAUCCGGGGACGUCUGGUGGGGAUUGUCAAAAGCUUCGAUCGCUGGAAUUCCGGCAUGCGCAACGAAGCACCCCAUCGUCGCGUCGAGUACUUAAACGGUCUAGCUCAUCUACAACGCUGCAUGCGCGAGCACUCGUGUCGCUACGGCUUCAUCAUCACCGAAAUAGAGCUCGUUUGUGUUCGUGCAGCUUGCGAUGAUGAUUCUAACAUCCCGUACUUCGGAUACUUAGAGGUCGCAGCCCCGAUCCCACUCAAGACUUCCACACCAAGUCCUCAGGCAGCACACGAUGCCUCCGCCUUGGCAACACCUAUCAGCUCCAGGUCCUUUUCAUCUUCGUCUCAUGGGUCAUGUUCUCAAGGCUCUUCCCACUCCUGUCAAACAUCUCCUGGUCUUGACUCCGAAUUUCAAAAGGAUACACUCUCCACUCCCAUGACUGCAAGCUUAGCUUUGUAUUUUUUGCUUAUGCUCGCCAAAUCGGUGCCACUGCCUGAUCAGCCAUCCGCACAUCUCAGCAUAGGCAGUCCCACAGCUCUCACGCGACAGAACGUUCUUCCAGAUGGCAAGGAUAAAUGGAUCCCCGAGCCGCAGAUCGGCGAACGACGGGACGCAAAGCGUGUUCGUGGAUGGGUCUGGCCUCACGAUGCUUGGCAUCGUCGUGAAGGAGGUGGACGUAUUGUAGGAACAGCAACGACGAAAACUACUGGAUCAAGGAAGAGGAGACGUUUGUGA